AUGGAUGAACAAUACGACGUCAUCGUCUGUGGCACCGGUCUAAAGGAGUGUAUCCUUUCUGGACUGUUCUCGUGCCAUGGGAAGAAGGUCCUCCAUUUGGAUCGUAAUGGAUACUAUGGUGGUGAUUGCGCCUCACUCAAUCUCACCACUCUAUGGGACAAGUUUAGGCCAGGUGAGAAGCCACCAGCCGACUAUGGCUCUAAUAGGGAUUGGAAUGUCGAUCUUAUACCUAAAUUUGUUAUGGCUUCUGGUCAGCUGGUUAAGAUACUCCUCAAAACUAAGGUCACCAGAUAUCUCGAAUGGAAGUCUGUCGAGGGGACUUACGUCUACCAGUAUCAACCUGCUGGUCUCUUUUCUAACGAGAAGUUCAUCCACAAGGUACCGGCGACAGAGAUGGAAAUUGUUAGGUCACCAUUGAUGGGUAUUAUGGAGAAGAAAAGAUGUACUAGUUUUUUCAUAUUUAUAGCGAGGUGGGUUGAUGAGGAUAUAUCCACUCAUGAUGGUAUAGAUGCUAACAGGCAUACAAUGAUGCAAGUUUAUGAGAAGUACGGUCUACAACCCGAUACCAUAGACUUCUUCGGUCAUGCUGUGGCCCUCUAUCCAGAUGAUAGUUAUCUUUUUAAACCAUGUGGUCCUACCAUUCAGAAGAUGAAACUAUACCUCGACUCGAUUACAAGAUAUGGUCAGAGCCCCUUCAUUUACCCGAUAUACGGCCUUGGUGGUAUACCUGAAGGCUUUAGUCGUCUAAGUGCAAUACAUGGAGGUACAUAUAUGCUCAAUAAGCCUGUCGAUGGGUUUGAGUUCGAUGCAGAUGGGAGGAUAUGUGGAGUUAAAUCAGAAGGGGAGGUUGCCCACGCUCCGUUGGUGAUAUGUGAUCCCUCUUAUGUUAAGGAUAUCCUCCCACAGAAGGUUAGGUGUACCGGUCGUACCAUCAGGUGUAUAUGUAUCCUCGGCCACACAAUACCUAGUACCAAUGAUGCCACCUCUUGCCAGAUUAUUAUCCCACAGAAGCAGUUGAAUCGACGGUCUGAUGUAUACGUCAUGAUGGUCUCUUGGGCUCACAACAUUGCAUUCAAAGGGAAGUACGUGGCCUUGGUGUCCACAACCGUUGAAACUAACGAUCCUGAGAGGGAAAUCAUGCCGGCCCUGCAACUACUUGGGAAGAUCGAAAACAAAUUCGUUACCAUAUCUGAAAAUUAUGAGCCUACUGACGAUGGCAAGGUCGAUCAGCUAUUCGUAUCGAAGUCAUAUGAUGCUACCAGCCAUUUUGAAUCGGCCACUCAGGAUGUCCUUGAGAUGUGGAGCAGGAUCAUGGGUGAGCCGUUGGAUCUCACAUUGCAGCCUGAGGAUACUGCUGAUGAGGAGUAA